ACACAAAGAACAAAACUAAACGGAAGGGUUCCUUUGUUGGGUAGGCAGCCGGUUUGAGGAUGUUGGAGCGCGCACGCCCGCUGUUCCUGUUCAUCGGGAUAUAACCCCUCUUUUCCGCAUCUCAACUCCUUCAGUCGAGGAUAUGAGUUUUUCCUACUAUUUAUAUAGAGAUCUUUGUACAGAUCUAUGCAUGUAUAUGUAUACAAGUAUGUAUAUUGGAUUGCGCCCGAUGCGAUCCUGGGUGCCGCUACGCUUACUACUUGUGGAAUAGAUUCCAAGGUUUUCCUCUCCCCUCGGGCAGCCAUGGCACGGCACUUCACUCACUUUCUCGCUCGAUCGCUCGCAUACUAUUCCACUCCUAUAUGGGAGAUCGGGAUAUUUGCGUUCUGUGUCGGUUUGGUGACCAGGCCUACCCCUUUUUCCUCGACUCUACGCUCUCUAUAUUCCGUGUCUGGCGAUGCUGGUGCUGCACCAUACUAGGAGCCUAGCUCUUGCGAUACCUGCUCCUAAAGCCAAUCCACUCUCUUUCCCGUUGAUCAGUUCACAUCUGUCUGCGCUUGCCCGAGCUUCCCGGCUCGUCUCUUCAAUCUCCCACCCUUCAACCUAUGUGCUCCACUCAGCUCUACCCCCCAUUCUCUAUAAAAACAAUAAACCACCAUUUGGAGAAGCAAUCUGACUGGGUGCGGUUCCGGCAUAUUCAGGAGACCACUACUUGGCAGCAAAAUGUAAGCAGCGAUUAGAAAGCCCACAACAAACCACAACAAACAAACAAACAAACAAACAAACAAACAAAAGAACAACUAUUUAUUAACUCUGGAACAAACUAGAAGAGAGAGAAAGAGAGAGAGAGAAAGAGAGAAAAUGAAAAAUAAAUAAGCUCCUAGAAAGCAGGAUGCAAGGCGUAACUCGAGAAGCAGAAAUAGGAAAAGGGGUUAGCUACUAGAAGAGAAAAACGAUUUAGGGAAGAACUAGUAGAAACCAAUAUGACCAGGCGACAGGCGGUUUACGUAGACUACGUGUUGAGCGAAAGAGAGAAAGAAGGAGCAAAAGGGAGAACACAUUUAGCAACAGAACAGAAGGGAGCGUUACAUUUACAAACCAACAGGCAAAGGGGUCUGGUACUGGUCCUCCGAUAGUCCUUACGCGGUGAAUGGUAUACACACGCUCCGCGACUCCGAAAGGUGGUGUGUGGCUGCUGCAUUCGCUGUGCCGCAGCAUACUGCUUGAAGACCGACGGUGUUAUUCCCACAGAUCAUCGCAUCAGUGCAUCAGAGUGCACCAGAGAUUCCCACGCGAACGAGCCAGACGUGUGGCAGUCGUGGAAGGGAACGUCCGUUGUCUUAGUAGGUGCAUUGCACCGCAGAACACACAUCCUCCAGACCUCCGCACCGCGGCAACCCAAACGGGGCUUCGAAAUCAGGCCAAGCUAUUGUAUCUCACCCGCUGACUGGGUCUGGUUGGUGGUGCGUGCUCUGCCGCACGCCGCACGCCCCUGCACCACCGUCAUCGUCGUCGUCGUCGUUCGUGCGGCAGCGAUGCUGAAGCGUAUUACACAGCGGUUGCGGAACGGAACGUUGCGUGCGAUGCGGCUCGUCUCUAUAGGGUUUACACUAUCACACUCAAGCUAAAUACAUCAUAAAUAUUUGUAUUUUGCUUGAGUGUGGUAGUGGAGAUCAUAUAGAGACGAGCCGCAACGCACGCAACGUUCCGUUCCGUAACCGGUGUGUGGAACGCUUGAAUGCCGGACCGGUGCGUUGCUGCGAAUUGUUUCCUAGCGCUCCUGUCAGUAAUGGCCGCUUCUUCAGUUCCACAUCCCGAUGAACGACGAGGGCGAGGGCGGCGGGGCCUUUGGGAUGUGCGGCACCGGAGUGCUUUAGAGGCAGUCAUUAAUAGUCUAUUUUCUAUGGAAUCGUGCAGAUAAUUUUUGGUAUGGCCCAAAGGAGAGAGAGAGAGAGAGAGAGAGAGAGAGAGAGAGAGAGAAAGCGAAAGAAAGAGAGAGAGAGAGAGCGAGCGAGAAAGAAUGAGGGAAAGAGGGAGGUGGGGUAUGUGGAGUACUGACGAGCGAAAUUGUGUGUGGUGUAGACGAUGACGACGAUGAGGACGAGGAACAAAAUCAUGUUAACUAUAUGAUCCCACUAUAAAAAAAAGAAAGGUAUUUAAAUAAAGAGAAACAAACAACAAA